UACAAAAGUACAAAACGUAGCUCCUAAUAGCUAGUUGAGCUUAUUACUAAAAACUAAGUGGUACCAAAAAAGAAAAGAAUGUAUUAGACAUAUUCAGUUUGUUUCUUAAAUCUUUGGUCAUGUGGGACACAAACGCAUAUUUGAGCGCAUUGACGCCUAAAUUCUAUGUAGCAUUAACAGGCACUUCGUCUUUGAUAUCAGGACUCAUUCUUAUUUUCGAAUGGUGGUAUUUUAGAAAAUACGGUACCUCAUUUAUAGAACAAGUAUCGCUAUCACAUCUUGGACCAUGGUUAGGUGGCGGCAAUGAGACGGAUAAUUCAAAUACUAAUACAAACAAUACAGCUAGUAAUGAAUGCAAAGUUUGGCGGAAUCCUAUGGCUUUACUGCGAGGCGCUGAGUAUGGGAGACUUUGGAGUGCCGCAAGGCGAGCUCCACUCACCUAUUACGAUAUGAAUUUAUCAGCUCAAGACCAUCAGGCCUGGUUUAGUUGUGGAGGAGAUCAAAGCCCUGUGGAAGAAGCAAUGAAUCGUGCAUGGCGUGAACGUGAACCUACAGCCCGUGUGGCAGCUGCUCGCACUGCACUAGCUAGAGAUCCAGACUGUGCUGCUGCAUUGUUGUUACUGGCAGAGGAAGAUUCACCGACCGUACAAGAGGCUGAACGUGUACUGAAGAGAGCUUGGCGAGCAGCUGAGGCGUCUUGGAGAGCGCACGCAGCCGCUGGAUCUGCAUAUGCUAGCGCAGCCCGACGCGACGCGGCCGUGCUAGCCCACGUCAAGCGUCGAGUUGCUAUGUGCGCUCGUCGUCUCGGCAAACUCCGCGACGCCGCUAGAAUGUUCCGCGAACUAACGCGAGACGCUCCUCCCGCCCUCCACGCAAUGUCACUCCAUGAAAACUUGAUAGAGGUGCUGUUGGAGCAGAGGCUGUAUGCGGACGCGGCUGCUGUUGUUGCGAGAUUUGAAGACGCAGGUGCUCCGCCUUCAGCAGCGUUAUUGUACACGGCCGCGUUGUUGAGAGCACGUGCUGCCGUCGGCGUUGGUGCACGUCCCGGAGCAGAGGUCAUUGCUCUGGAGGCAAUACGUCGCGCUAUCGAGUUCAAUCCUCACGUGCCCGAGUACCUAUUAGAAUUGCGCGCUUUAACUUUACCACCUGAGCACGUGUUGCGUCGCGGCGACAGCGAAGCGGUCGCGUACGCGUUUUUCCACUUGCGACACUGGCGGAACGCGGAGGGCGCGCUGCGGCUGGUGGCGGCGGCGUGGGCGGGCGCGGAGCGGGCGGGCGCGGGGGCGGGCGCGGGGUGCGCGGCGUGCGCGGACCGCGAGCUGCUUGCGCCGCACCACGCCAUGUCGGCGUUCCCGCGCCGCCGCGCAGCGCUCCUCCCCCUGGCGGCAGCGCUGUGCGCGGGCUGCGCCGUGCUGGCGCUGGCGGCGCACCGGUGGCCGGCGCAUGCGCACGCGCUUCUCGACCCGCGCCGCCUCCACUCCCUGUUGGCGGCCGUCUGAUCGCUGUGGCCGGACGCGCCGGCUUCAGACACAGAAAACUGAACUUUAAGUUUUCUCUCACUGUGUUUAUUUGAACUAUUCUUUUUUAUAAAGAAAUGUGGGUUAAAUUAUCACGUUGACUACCGUGUAGGUCCCCGGUGCCCUACGUGGCGCACUGAAGUAACUACGUCGAUUUUAAAGUGAAACUUUACAUCGUCUCAAACUUUUUCGCCUGUGUGUUGC